AUGCUUCAUCGUGACCCAAAGAACCUAGGCGAAUCGGAAUGGGCUCAUGCCAUACCUGGAACUCCCGAAGAGCAGCCACCUUUGAACCACGAGAUGAUCCGAAACCAUGAUUCCGAGCAGAUCAAAAAGUCGAUCACCUAUCAUUCGCGUUUUAAAACCAUCGAGACCCCCCCGAGUAUUCCUCCUAGCAAACAGGAGCAGAUGAAGUGCGUGGAACGCGAUGGCCACAGAUGCGUUGUGACAGGGUCAGCCGACCCUCGGGUCUUCUGGUUUAUUCCUGAGACAUGGAACGACACUGUAAAGCAUAACGAUGACACUGGAAAUCUCGAAGAAGGAUGCAUCAACUUGACCAAUAUCCCCCUUCUGGAAGAUAUUCACAGUGCGAUUGAGCUUGGCAAGACUCAUAAAGCUUGGAAUAUGCUCUCAGUUUGCGAAGAUCUGUAUGAAGCUCUUACAGAAGGUCGCUGUGCGUUCAAGUAUAUGGGCCGGCAAACUCUUGAUGACGGCAAGGUUGCGGUAGAACUGCAGUUCUAUUGGAUGCCCUUUAUGUCUGGACGAUUCAAUCGCCCUGUUGGUUUCAACCCGGAAGACCCCUCAGAAGAAGUCACCUCCGACUAUGUCUCUGAACUUCCUUUAUUUGAGGAACUAUUCAUUGAGAUGCUUCUUGAAAGCAACGCGGCUCCCGGCCUCAACAAGUUGAAGAACAUCACUACCAAGUUCGAGAAAAGGCUUCGAUCGGGCUAUUCAUUCCACGUAACGAUGCCGAAAGAAGAUGCAGAAAAAUUUAAAUCUGUGGUCAAGGUUCAUUGGGCUUGUAUGGUAUUCACAGCUCUUUGUGGUGGCACCUGUGAAGCUUGGUACAUGACUGGUAGGAACCAAACAGAUGGGUCGUUGAAGCCAAGGGAUCGGGAAUUCAAUUUGGACAAAACGGGCCUGAGCACGUUGGCGCCGAGGGACUCCCAAACGAUUUAA